GUCCAACUUACUAUACCUGGCAGGUGAGGCAUCUAGCUUCUCAUAGGAUCCAAGCACCAAACAGGCCAAGAAACCAAGAACCAUGUACAACACGCGGGGAAUCGCCUGACAAUCAUGACGCCCUAGGAGACAAACACCAUGGGAAGUCACAGAGCGCAAGUGCCAAGAAUCGACAAGCAGCAGUAAGCAAUGGACGCGGGCGCCGUCGGACACCUGGGCUACGACCAGGUACUAUCCAUCCUGCGCCUCCUUCCAGCCGAGGCUGUGCUAUCCUUCGCCGCCACCUGCCGCGCCUUUCGCGACUGGGCCUCCUCCGACGUGCUCUGGGAGGCGCUCUGCCGACGGGACUGGGGGGCACGCGCCGCGGCGGCAGCGCUCGUGGACUGGCGGUGCGGCGUGCCUUGGCGCCGCCUCUACGCCGAGGUCGCCCGACUGAGCGCCCUGCAGGCGCGCCGGCUCCAGGUGAAGGGCACCUCGCCACGGCCCCGUGCGUCGCACUCCCUCAACCUCGUGGCCGGCUGGCUACUAGUCUUCGGCGGUGGCUGCGAGGGAGGUCGUCAUCUUGAUGAUAUCUGGGCGACAUAUGUUGGAAAUGGAGCCGGAACUGGAUCGUCCAAUGUACUUAGCUGGCAGCAAUUGGCCUCUGGCACUCCAAGUGGUCGUUUUGGUCAUUCAUGUGUUCUCGUUGGUGAUGCACUAGUCCUGUUUGGCGGGAUUAAUGACCGUGGGCUUCGUUUGAAUGACACAUGGAUAGGCGAAAUAAUUUGCGAAGAACCUGGCAGGAUGAUGAUCUCAUGGAGACUGCUUCAGAUAGGCCCCCUGGCACCAUCUCCUCGCGGGGCCCAUGCAGCCUGCUGCAUAGAUGAUAAGUUAAUUGUGAUUCACGGUGGGAUAGGGGUGCAUGGAAGCCGGCUUGGUGAUACAUGGCUUCUUGAUUUCUCCGAUGGACUUCGAUCUGGCAGUUGGCGCCAAAUGGGGGACACUGGACCUUUGCCUUCAGCUCGUUCUGGCCACACCUUAACUUGGAUUGGUGAUAGGCGCAUGGUUCUUUUUGGUGGUAGAGGAUCAGAAUAUGAGGUGCUUAGUGAUGUCUGGCUGUUUGAUAUUGGUGAUCAUUUCCUGCAAUGGAAAGAGCAAAAGUACAAUUUGUCUAGUAUUCUUGGUGAAUUGCCUUCUCCCCGGGCUGGGCAUUCAGCAACAUUUCUCUUUGGUGGCAAGAUCCUUGUAUAUGGUGGGGAAGACAAAGAAAGACGGCGGAUGGAUGAUUUCUGGAUCUUAGAUAUACCAGCAUUACUUCAGUUUGAGUCAGGUACCAGGAAAAUGGCAAAGAGGAUGUGGAAAAGACUAAGGAUUGAUGGUCAAUCCCCAAAUUGCCGGUCCUUCCAUGGGGCAUGUGUAGAUACUUCUGGUUACCGUGUGUAUGUUUUUGGUGGAAUGGUUGAUGCACUUAUGCAUCCUGCAGAAUCCUUGGGUUUGAGGUUUGAUGGGCAGCUGUAUCAAGUGGAGCUUGUGCUGCAUCUCUAGAACCUCUGCCAGAAUGGACAUUGUGAUGAUGCUGAAAAAUGGUUCUUCACUGUCAAGUGCGCAUGGGUGCAAGACCUGUCACUGAUAUCUGAAAGCAACGGUGAUGUGGAGUGGGUUUGUCCACGUAUGUGUUGAGAUGUAUAUCCUUUCUCAAAUUCGUAUAUUAGCAAAGAAUGUCUGUCAAUAUCAUCCGAGUAAAGAUUGCUAUUCCCUCCGAUCCGUAUUACUUGUGAUGACUUCAUUAUCGCUGUGAAAAGAAGGAUUUGAUUAUCAUAAAUGAUAAACUAGAAUGACAUAAUUGAUGAUUAUUAUGCACCA